CCGCGGCCCAUAAAGCGGCGGCCCGGGUUGCCGCGCCAGUUCCUGAGGAAGGCAGCGUUAUCGUUUCGCUGUCUACAGACGGCUGCUCUUCCCUGGGCGACGCAGCUCCUCCUGAAGAGAAGCGGACUCUCGUCUUGUUCAGCCAUGGCCUCGGUACCUUCCGCUGGCUGCCUCCUGGCCAGGAAACAGUACUACAGAACAAGACAGGACUCGGAAUCCAGUGUUUCUUCCAGCUCCUCCUGCUGUUCAGACUCUGUGUAUGCUACAGACCAGGACAAAGCAUAUCUUGGGUUACCCGAGUCAAUUGAUAAAUGUUGGUGGGUAAAAGGUUUUUUCCAUAGUGGAUCAUCUCCACCAGCUGUCAGCAGAAAAACCCUAUCAGCAAGCAGUACCAACAGCUGAAGAGGACAGCAUUCUGGCUUUACUGACUGAGAUGCUAUAGGCUUGUUUAUCCAAGAGGCUUGGAAUCUUCCUAUUGUCUGGAUUCAACUGCAAGAAGAAAACAAACCUUUCAGAGAGUGGAAAAGUGUAUUUUUAAAAUAUUUGUCAGUAGCUUGAAUGAUAUUGCUUAAUGGACAGGUCCAUGGCCUACCUUGUUCAUCAUAGAGUUCCUAUAAAAUGAGAUAUCUCUCUAACGGAAGUUACCAGGAUUAAAUAUCCUGAUGACUUAUUGGAUAGUUAGGGAAAAAUGACAGUAAAAGUAAGGUAUUAUAGAUCUAGGAGAAGCAUGUGACUUUGCAAUAGGUGGUACCAGCUCUAUAGGCAGUCAUGCCCAUGUAAACAAGAUGCACAUACAUAAUCCAGAGUAGGACUGCUGUAUGGUUUUCUAUCAAGUAUUUGUGUACCCAUUACAGAGAGUAAGUUUACAAGAAAGGUUAUUAAUAGCUUUGCUUUUAGAAAACCUGAUUACAUGAAGAAAUGUGAAUUAAUUUGGUCUCUUUAUCUGAGCAGGAUGCAUAGAUCUCAGUCUCAAACACCCAGGUAUGACUUUUAUUCAUAUCUAUGUAUGUUGGUAUUUGAGAACAGAAUAGAAGAGAGACAACAAACCAGUAACUAGUAAUGGACAUUUACAUUUUCUAAGCACAAGAGCAACCUUAAUCAGAGUGGGUACUCUUAGCUCUGUUUUAGAUUAUUCUCACUUGUAGCUCGAAGAGUUACUUGUUCUUGAGUGAAUAAUCCUGUCUCUGUUCACUGUUGAGCUUAGUUGUGACAGAUCUGGCAAAGUCUUCCAAAUCAAACUAAUCCCAUUAAUGUUAUUAAUAAAGCCUGCCUUUGUAAUGAUUCAUGCUCUUGAAAGAUACUGUAACAUAGCUUUAUUUGGUCUUCAACAUUGCAAAGCAGUACAUCACGUUAUUUAUUGUACCAGGUAUGACUAAAAUACAUCAGAGGUCCUAAAAACCUGCAAGUAUUUAUGAUGUAAUUUCUGCCAACUAUCUAUGCAACUUCUUGAUUUACAGUCACUAAACCUACCUGAGCUUUGUCCAUCACUGGAUGAACUAAAGAUAGCAAACAAUAAUGUAGCCAACAUUUUUCAUUUUGGGUUAAUGGUUGUCAUGGUUAUGUAUAAUAGAACUCUUAUCAAGUGGCUGCUUCAGGAAGCUUUAUUUGGUGGAGGGUAUGUGACACAUGACAACAGAGAAGAACACAGUUCUGAAAUACAGCUUACAGGAAUCUUUAAAUUGAUUUGUUACGUAUGUUACUGUACUGCUAUUGUGUAGUUUAUCUUUGUCUUUCUCUGAGUGUACAGAAUGAACCCUUUUUUUUAUAGUAAGGUUUUUUUUUACCAAUAAAGACUUAAACAGUGUU